AUGCUUUUGAAGCCGCUCGUCUUCGCGGCCGCGGCUGCUGCUUUCGUCAUCGUCCCCGAGUUAUCCGAAAAGGACGAGAGCAUCUUCAAGGCGCUCCCCGUCGAGCCAGAGACCUUCCAGCUCCCCGCCGAAGCCCUGGGCCAGAGCCUCGACGUUCCCUGCAGGCAGUGUCGAGGCCGGGACACGCACCUCAAGUUGGACUUUGCCGUGGAGGAUGGAUCGAGACUGAUGGUCAACGGCUUCGAGCUGUAUCCCCAUGCCGACCCGUGGCGUGAUGAUUUGGUCGCCGAGGUGGUGCGAGCCAGCGGCGCCGCCAACGAGCGCACUCUGGGCUACAGCCUCGCCGUCGUGCCCAGGGCCAAGGAUGAGGAGCAGAAGCUGGAGUUGGUGGACGUUAAGCUGAGGGUCAUUGAGGUCGGCCACCGAUUCGUCGACGACAUUCCCACGGUCAAGAUUGGCCUGAUCAAGGCCACCACGGGCGAGAUUGUCAUCUCCGACAUGCAGCUCAUAGCCGUUCCCGAGAUGCCCUGCCACUCCAUGUGGUGCCGCGCCAAGGCUGCGCUCAAGGGCUUUGGCGGCUGCCGCAGGAAGAUGCACAAGGGCCCUCACCACGAGCCCAUGGUCGGUGCCGAGGAGGGCCACGAGGAGGGCCACCGCCCGCAUCACCCUCACCACGACCACAGACCUCACCCUCACCACCACGAGCGCCCUCACCACGGCCACGAGGAGGAGUGGAACUCCCAGCGCGACUGGCGCCGCCUUGUCCUGAGCGUCGCCUCGCACAUUGUCCUGCCCGUGUUGAUGGGCAUCACCGCCGGUGUCGGCGUUGCCUUCCUCGCCAUGUUCAUGUGCAGCGUUGUGUACCGUCUGAGCAUGUUUAUCCGCGGCGCUUCUCCCCGUCGUUCAUGGUGCCCUCACCACCGACGCAACGCCACCCAAUUCCUCUCUGCCGAGGAAGAGAAGAGGGGUUUGAUGGAGGCCGAGGAGGCUCAGGACACCACUCCGGCUCCGGCUACCGAGGAGGAGUCCGUCAGCAAGUAA